AUGUGUUUGGCCACAGCGAGGCGCGGCUGGGGCCUGCCCCGAACCCGGGGUGAGGCUGGUGCUCCUCUGCGCAAGAUGCAAGGCAUCCCUUCAGGCUGUGUGAUUAAUGCUCAGUGGAAGCCUGAGAGGGCACAGGGUGAGAGCAAGGACAGCAGGACUGCCUCCCUCCCGGCCCUGACGGACAGGCGGGGCUGGCAGGCUGUGUUGCCGCUUCUGCUGGUGGUGACGGUCUUCCUAACAGAGUAUUCGGGGCCCCUUUUCGUCUACCUGCUCUUUUACUUCCGAGUGCCCUUCAUCUGUGGCCACAAAUAUGACUUCACAUCCAGCCGGCACACGGUGGUGCACCUCGCCUGCAUCUGCCACUCAUUCCACUACGUCAAGCGCCUGCUGGAGACGCUCUUCGUGCACCGUUUCUCCCAUGGCACCAUGUCUUUGCACAACAUCUUCAAGAAUUGCAUCUGCUACUGGGGCUUUGCUGCGUGGAUGGCCUAUUACAUCAACCACCCUCUCUACACGCCCCCUACCUACGGUACUCAGCAGGUAAAGCUGGCACUCGCCAUCUUUGUGAUUUGCCAGCUCAGCAACUUCUCCAUCCACGUGGCCCUGCGUGACCUGCGGCCCGCUGGGUCCAAGACGCGGAAGAUCCCAUACCCCACCAAGAACCCCUUCACGUGGCUUUUCCUGCUGGUGUCCUGCCCCAACUAUACCUACGAGGUGGGAUCCUGGAUCGGCUUCGCCAUCAUGACGCAGUGUCUCCCAGUGGCCCUGUUCUCCCUGGUGGGCUUCACCCAGAUGACCAUCUGGGCCAAGGGCAAACACCGCAGCUACCUGAAGGAGUUCCGGGACUACCCACCCCUGCGCAUGCCCAUCAUCCCCUUCCUGCUCGGAGUGCUCACCCCUGCCUGGGCUCAGCCCCCAUCCCGGGGGCAUCCCAGGGUAGGGGCGGGGCUCACAGCUCUCCAGCACCUGGAAUAAAACCCACCUGCCCCAGUUGG